AUGCGGAUGCGCUGGCUCCUCCUCUUGGCGCUCGCCGCCGCCGCCCCCGCCCCCGCCGCCGGCGAGAUGGGGUACGCGCAUUGCGGCUGCGACGGCGGCGGCGGCGGCGGCGGCGGCGGAGGGUUCUGGAGCCUCGACAACAUCUUCAAGUGGCAGAAGGUGAGCGACCUGCUUAUCGCGGCGGCCUACUUCUCCAUCCCGCUCGAGAUCCUCUACUUCGUCGCGGGGCUCCGCCACCUGCUCCCGUUCCGGUGGGUGCUGGUGCAGUUCGGCGCCUUCAUCGUGCUCUGCGGCCUCACCCACCUGCUGGCGGCCUUCACCUACGAGCCCCACCCGUUCAUGGUCGUGCUGCUCCUCACCGCCGCCAAGUUCCUCACGGCGCUCGUCUCCUUCCUCACCGCCAUCACGCUGCUCACGCUCAUCCCGCAGCUGCUGCGCGUCAAGGUCCGCGAGAGCCUGCUCUGGAUCAAGGCCCGCGAGCUCGACCGCGAGGUGGUGCUCAUGAAGCGCCAGGAGGAGGCCAGCUGGCACGUCCGCAUGCUCACCCAGGAGAUCCGCCGCUCGCUCGACCGCCACACCGUGCUCUACACCACGCUCAUCGAGCUCUCCAGGGUGCUCGCGCUCAACAACUGCGCCGUCUGGAUGCCCUCCGAGGACAAGUCCGGAAUGUGCCUCACCCACGAGCUCCGCCGGGGCAGCGACGACGACGGCGAGGCAAUCGUCGCCGCGGACGACGCGGACGUCCUCGAGGUCAAGGGCACCGACGGGGUCAAGCUGCUGCCGCCGGACUCGGUCCUUGGGUCGGCCAGCGGCGGCGGCAAGGAGGGGACUGGCACGGUGGCCGCGAUUCGGAUGCCGAUGCUCAAGGUCGCCGACUUCAAGGGUGGAACGCCCGAGGUAAUUAAGACGAGCUACGCGGUGCUGGUUCUGGUGCCGCCCAGCGACAGGAACUGGGCGCCGCACGAGCUGGAGAUCGUCGAGGUGGUCGCCGAUCAGGUGGCCGUCGCGCUGUCGCACGCCUCGCUGCUCGAGGAGUCGCAGGCGAUGCGUGACAGGCUGGCCGAGCAGAACCGCGAGUUGCUGCAGGCGAGGCGGGACGCUCUCAUGGCGAACGAGGCCAGGGACGCGUUCCAGCGCGUCAUGAGCCAGGGAAUGCGGAGGCCCAUCCACUCCAUCCAGGGACUGGUGUCCGUGGUGCAGGAGGAGGGCCUGACGUCCGAGCAGAAGCUCGUCGUCGAUACUAUGGCGCGGACCGCAACCGUGGUCUCGAUGCUCAUCAACGAUCUCAUGGAGAUGUCCGCCGCCAACCAGGAGCGCUUUCCACUGGAGACGCGGCCAUUCCACCUGCACUCCAUGAUCAGGGAUGCCGCCUGCGUUGCACGGUGUCUCUGUUACUUCAGGGGGUUUGGCUUCGCGGUGCACGUCGAGAACGUGCUGCCGGACCUUGUCAUUGGCGACGAGCGGAGGAUUUUCCAUGUCUUGUUGCACAUGGUUGGCAAUCUGAUUGGUCGCUUCGAUGCGGGGAACGUCACGUUCCAGGUGCGUGCUGAUGAUGAGCCGAUGGAGGACCAGAGGUGGGAUCCAUGGAGGCCAAGCUACUCUGGUGGGCACUCAUCGGUCAAGUUUGUGAUUGGGGUGAAGAGGAAGCAGAAUGCUGACUCAUCAAGCUCGCUUGCACAGUUCUUGCGGAGGCCAAGGACCGAAGGGUUUGAUCUCAGGCUCAGCUUCAGCAUGUGCAGGAAGCUUGUGCAGAUGAUGCAAGGGAACAUCUGGGCAAUUCUUGACGGGCAAGGACUCCCAGAGAGCAUGACCCUGGUCCUGAGAUUCCAGCUUCAACCAUCGCUGGCGAGCUCCAGCCUCGGAGGGUCAUUUGAUCUGCAAUACCCAUCGCCAUCUAACCAAAUAGCUGGGCUGAAGGUUCUGCUCAUCGACGACGAUGAGAUCAACCUAGUCGUGGCGCGGAAGCUCUUGGAGAGGCUAGGCUGCACUGUAUCCUCGCUCCCCUCAGGCUCAGGGUUCAUGAACUCGGUCGGCCCUUCCUCUGCCUCGUUCCAGCUCGUCAUGGUUAACCUGGAGAUGUCAAUGAUUAAUCCCCUGGAUGCUGCCUCGAGGAUCAGGCAGUACAGGAGCUUCCACUGGCCCCUGGUGAUGGCCAUGACAUCGGAGCAGAACGUGUGGGAGAACACAGUUGCUGGAGGAUGGCAAAUGGUAGUGAAAUGGCAAAAGCCGAUGCGCCAUUGUGAGUCUUUCAGAUGGGAAUUGCGCCGGUCUGAGAAUGAAGGAGAGUCUGAUACCUUAGAGUCCUUCAUAGAAACUUGGGUGGUGGCUGUUGUUCAUGGGUUCAGUUUGUUCUAUACUCAUUUUAGAAUGGAAGAAGAUGGUUUCUUGAGCAACAUCCUUCUCGAAGGACAUGGGGCUCCUGUUGCUGCCGUGAACGAGGUUGAUGACAUUCCAGAGAGCCAAGACAGUCCUAGUAGUGUUGAAGUAGUGCAGCCAAGCCGAAGCACGAAGGGAGGAAAGAGGUCCAAAAAUUUUACUCCCGAAGAGGAUGAAAUUGUUUGCUUUGGAUGGUUGGCUAUUAGCAAGGAUCCCAUUAACGGGGCGAAUCAAUCUCGUACUACAUUUUGGGGCAAAGUUCAUGCUUAUUUCGAGGAACACAACAAAUCUAAAGUUCCUCGUUCAGAGAGUUCCAUUAUGCAUCGGUUUCUGGUAAUUCAAACUAGUGUGAACAAGUUUUGUUCACACUAUGAUCAAAUUCUACGUAGGAAUCAAAGUGGCACAACUAUGCAAGAUAAGCUUAAUGAAGCAAAAAAGGUCUACAAAAACUUAGACAGGGACAACAAAUCUUUUGUUUUUGAGCAUUGCUGGGACAUACUCAAGGAGGAGGACAAGUGGAAAUCCAAGAUGGUAGAAAUUGCAGAGGUUGAGAAACUAGCAAAAAGCAAGAAGCAAAAGAAGGCCGGAAAGGUGUCAAGGCCAAGGGAUGAAGGAGCCUUAAAUAAUGACAAUGGCAUACCUAUUGAAGCUGAAGAAACCGAACCAAGGAAGAGGUCCGAUGGGAUAAAGAAGGUAAAAGCAAAUCUUAAGCGAGGAGGUGGUGAAGCUUGCAUGGAAGCAUUGGACAAGAUGUGGUCGAAGAAGGAGGUUUUCGAGAAGGAAAAGGAGAAGGCCAAAGAGGACAGGUUCAUGGCUACACUAGAGAUAGAGAAGGCUACACUAGAGCUAGAGAAGAAGAGGGUGGACAAUGAAGCAAAAAAAGCUGAAACCGACUUGAUGAAAGAACAGAAUAAAAUUAUGUUAGCGGACAUGACGUCUCUCAAUCCGAAGCAGCGUCAGUGGCUUGAGAUAAUGCAAGAGCAGAUUCUCGCGAAGCUUACUCCAAAUAUUUAG